GCUACAGGGUGCCUUGGUUACCGGCAAAUUGUGACAAUUUAUUUAUAACUCCUUUCGUCUGGUUUUUGUCAAAUUUAAGCAGUGUCAAAAGAUACUGUUUGUGUAGUUAGGUUAUCCAGUAUAGAAAGACUGUAUUAAUUAAUUGUUUAAGUGAGAAAUGGAGUUAAACCCAACAGGUAGCCCGGGAAUGAAACAAUUUAAAGAUGCUCCAUCGCCGGAAGCGCAUGUAAACAAGCAGCAGGCUCCGGAUUCACACUGUGGCACAGAUGCAGCUCGGGCCAGGUGGACGAUUCUCCGACAGGUAUUAAAACAGAAGCAACUCGACAGUAUCAAGGUUCAGCCAGUAUCAGUUCGCAGGUUCUCCUCCUUCAACCUGUUCUCCAGAACUGAGGUUCCGCCGCUGGAGAGCGAUGAGCCUUCAGAUGGCCGGUGGAUUGAGUACAGAAGUGCCUGCUUUCCUCAGUACAGUGCCUUAAUCAGAGACAGCCAUGGACCGAUUAAAAUGGAGGAGGUGCUCAACAGCUUUGACAACACCGGGAAUGUCUGUGUUUGGCCGUCUGAAGAGGUGAUGGCCUACUACUGUCUGAAGAACCGUCAUAUGUUUACGGGUUCCUCUGUGUGUGAAUUAGGUGGAGGGAUGACAUGUCUUGCUGGGCUCAUGAUUGCCGUUUGUGCUGAUGUGAAGGAAGUGCUGCUAUCUGAUGGGAAUGAGAAGGCCAUCGAGAAUGUGCGUGGGGUUAUUGAGAGGAACAGACAGGCCGGACUGUUCACCUGCACUGAUGUGUCCAGCAGGGUGAUGAGAUGGGACAGUAAGCGGGACGUGUCCACAAUGGAGGGCCGCUUCGACGUGGUCAUGUGUGCUGAUUGCCUGUUUCUCGACCAGUACAGAGCCUGCCUGGUUGAUGCUCUAAGAAGAUUACUACGGCCUGAUGGCACAGCGUUGGUGUUUGCCCCUACGAGAGGAGACACACUGACAGAAUUCUGUAGACUGGCAGAAAGAGCUGGACUCCUAGUGUGCCGCUAUGACAACUAUGACUCAAUUAUAUGGGACCUGCAUAUAAAGAUGAAAAGAGAAGGAAAGGAGGCAUAUGACGAGAACAUCCAUUAUCCUGUGCUGCUCACCCUCACCCACGUACCCAGUCCACGCCUGCUGUGAACCUGGCAGACCUCCGCUGUGCCACCACCCCUGGCUUUGCCACUGUGAUUCCCAGGGUUUAUUCAACCUAGCCUUUUUUUUCCCACUCUUAUACCCAUGAUGCUUUUAAAACACACAGUACGUGUCGGAGUGUGUGGGAUUCAGUUGCUGUGUGAACUCAUGCCUGACCUUGUUACUGUGCAAUAAAAAGUGUGUAAAACAGAGGCAAGGCCACUCGGA